CAGAGACACAGUGACGUCCAGAAGGUGGGAGCUGCUCCUGAACGUGGCCAACGGGCUGCAGCACUGACUUACUGCGAGCCUGUCAAACACAACCAACACAGCCAACAUGGCGGACUGGGACGCUGAGACCUUCGAGCCGGAGGAGCCGAUUAAAAAGGCGGCAGCGAUGGACAAAUGGGAAGGCGAAGACGAGGAUGAAGAGGUUAAGGACAACUGGGAUGAUGAAGAGGAAGACGGCGAGAAAAAGGCAGAGAUGAAAAAAGCAGGUACCGAGGCAAAGGUUUCUGAAAAGAAAAAGUUGAGUGAGAAGAUCAAAGAGAAAGAAAACCGGUUAAAGCAAAAACAACAGAUGAAAAAGGAGUUGGAGGAUGAAGAGCUCAGUCCUGAAGAUCAAGCCGCAGAGAAGCUGAGAGUGCAGAAAUUACAGGAAGACGCAGACUUGGAGCUAGCAAAAGAUGCUUUUGGUGUCAGCAGCACUUCAAACAGUGUCACUGGGAUUGACGCCAUGUGUCCAUCUUCCAAAGAAGACUUCACAGAGUUUGAAAAAUUGCUGAAAGAAAAGAUAUGCCAGUUUGAAAAAUCUGUGCAUUAUUCAAAUUUCUUGGAUUCCUUGUUUCGGGAACUCUGUAUUUCAUUGGAAGUAGAGGACUUGAAGAAAGUCAGUAAUUCCCUGACAGUCCUACUUAGUGAAAAACAGAAACAAGAAAAACAAAACAAAGGAAAGAAGAAGAAGAAAGGAAUCGUACCCGGAGGCGGAUUGAAAGCACAGAUGAGAGAUGACCUUGACUAUGCAGAGUUUGAUGGUGGUUACGCCCAAGACUAUGAGGACUUCAUGUGACACUGGCUCCAUCACUACUGCCCUUUCCCCCUCCCGACCCUCAGAAAUGCAGCUGUACCCUCUCAUGCUGUCCAGUGCCAUCCUGGAAAAUCUGAACUAUGUGUUGCCCCCUUCAUUUUGCUUCAAUGACCAGAGGGACUAUACCAGGGAGCAUCAAGUCUCACCAACUCUUAUGUUCAUACAUAUGGAAUUGCCUUUUCUCUGUCUCAUUCAGCCUCGACUCACACACAUCAUCAUCAUCAUCAUGUAUUAUCUGUUGGGUGACCAAGCUUCAAUAGAGAAUACAUUGUAACUGCUGUUGUCUGAGUUUUGCAGGGGUCAUUCUUUAUUAAAUGUUGCUCCUGUCAAAAUGGCAGAUACAGUAUUGCAGUUAUAAGUAAAAGGACAUAGAAACACAAGGUUCUAUGCAAAUUCUUUAACCAGAAUGUCAUGUAUAUAUUAUAGGUCUCACUUACCUAUGGAGGGUUCUCUUACAGGAAGGUAUAUAGUAUCUAUAACUUUGGUUGCCAAAUUCAGAACAAUUAUUCAUUACAUUACUCAUCUUUAUCUCUGGAAAGGUUGCAUUGUGGAUGGUUUUUGGGACUGAUGCAACAUGUAAGUAGUAGUUGUAAUUUUACAGAGAGCACAUGACAUUCACUGUAAGGUAAAAGGGAUAGAAAGUAUAAAUGUGACUUUAAAACCUCACAGCCAUUCUCUUGAUACAUCUCUGGAAUAUCCUUGAAAAUAGGGAGCAAAGAGUACUUAUAGGUAUUUUUUGUGCAUGACAAAUGUAAUUUACUAAUUUGAUUUCUACUAAUGCAGAAAA